ACUGAAAAGAUCAGAUACCAGAGUGUAUAGACACCAACUUUCAGCUGUGUGUAACAAACGUGCAACAAUCCAAUUACAAUGUCUGCUCCGAGUGGUGUCCCUGUCCCAUCUGCACCACCUUCUUAUGAGGAAACAACAGGAAUCAAUGUGAGCUAUCCUCACCCCUAUCCUGUCCCAGAACUUGGCCAGAAACCAGAUGGGAAGGGAAUGAACCCUCCCCCAUACAUGGGACAGCCUGCACCAGUGAAUAACCCUGUUACAGUUCAGACAGUGUACGUGCAGCAACCAGUAGUAUUUUAUGACCGCCCAGUUCAGAUGUGCUGCCCUUCCUGUAACCAGAUGAUAGUGACACGUCUCUCGUAUGACUCAGGAGCUUUGACUUGGCUGUCAUGUGGUGGCCUCUGCCUGCUGGGGUGUAUAGCUGGCUGCUGCUUAAUUCCCUUCUGCAUUGAUGCCCUAAAGGAUGUGGAUCACACCUGUCCAAACUGCAAUGCUCUUCUUGGUUCUUACAAACGUUUAUAGGCAGUAUUUAAACAUUGAUAAUUGAUUGAUGAAGUUGAUUAGCACCUCUAGAAGCCCUUUCUGAAGCUUCAUGGAGACUUCUGGUUGUUUCU